AUGGCCCACUUUACGCGGGCUGUUUUGUUCACGUCGCGCUACUGGUACGGCUCUGAUAUGCUCGGGCUGGUCACUGUAUUUGAGCUUACGCUCAACAUGGCCUUUCUUUUGGCUCGGAACGUCCUCGCAGGCCAACUCACGUGCUGGAAGGUCGCCGUAGCCCAGCGACACGUUGGCACGCUUCCAGAUGUCAGCAAUCGUGUGGCGAUUGUGGUCAAACAAUCGAGCGACGUCUUGUAUCGCACCACGUUGUAUCCAGAGGAGCCCUAG